ACCCGAUAAUUGCAGGGCUUAAUAAUAAAUAAAUGUUCAUUUGUAUUUAAUAAUCAUUUAUCUUAAAUAAACGUAGCAUCUUUCAAGUGUAUUCGUUAUCAAGUAGUCGCGGUUAGACAACAAAUUUCUCAUGGAAUCAACUACUUGAAAGUCUUUAGUUAAGUCAAUUCACAACUGAACAUUGUUUAUUGAUAAUCGAACAAAAUGAGUGCGUUAAACGUCAAGACAUUAACUUAUGAAGAGAAGGAGCUUUUCGUGCCUGAGAUGGAAACACUCUGCUCGGUGAUUGAAACGGGAUUGAAAUCAAACUUCUCUGACGUUUCUGUAAGUGUUGUGGAUUGUCCUAACUUAUCACAAGCGCCUUUUCAUCUUGCAUCUUCCGGACUAGGUGGAGAUGCAACUCUGGUGGAGUUUGGAAGUCCCGUUUAUUUACUUCCACUUGUUAACAAGUCAAAAAUCUACGACAUUGUCGAAUUGCUGAGAAACAUCAGCAGUUAUGAAAGUAAAGAAUUCUUUACUUGUGGUGCUGGCGCUGGUCCUUUUCCUAUAUUCAAUCAAAACUGUGAAGGAAUGUUGAACAUUCGUGUUGGAUCGGAUGGAACAUUGAAAAACGAAACUCAUGUCGCUCGCAUUGUUCCUGGUGGUGUUGAGUUAUCGAAAGUUCCUGAUCAAGAGACAAGAUGCGCUUUGCUCGGUAAUUUAUAUUUGAGUGAAGGUAAAGCUGGAAAAGUUUUAAAAGUAACUGCAAAAAGACGUACUGGAAGUGAAAAUUUCAUUUCAUCGAUGAGAUUAGCAUUAGCUGAAUACUUCACUGAUGAUAAGACUGUUGGUCUUGGUGGAACAUUUCUCAUUAAAGAGGGAAAAGCAAAACAACACGUUAUGGACGAGUUUUCUAAAGUUCCAUUGUACACUGAAGAUGAUGUUAAUAAAUGGUUGACAUUCCAUGAAAUGUCGGCACCAUUAAUAGCAGUCGGAACUUUCGUCACCAAUGAAGCUGACUUAGAUUUGAGACUUCAACAUUUUCACAGUUUUUCGAAGCAUGGUGAAGGCGGUCAUUAUCAUUAUGACGUUACACCAGAUACUGUUGAGUAUGAAGGCUACUUCGCUGUCGGAAGACGAAUCAUCAGGAUUGAUAAGCCUGAACAGAAGUUAAAACAAGAUUCAAGUGGUGAUUUGGAUCCUAUAAACUUAAAAUAUCAAGAAAAGGAAACUCACAAACCGUCAUUAGAUGAAAUAAGAAAUGUUCUCGAAGAAGCAUUGAAGAAAAAUUUCAAUGAAGUUUCUGUGGAGAUUGUCGAUAAUCCCGAUUUAAAAAGUGAACCAUUUUAUCUUGCAUCGUCAGGAAUAUCAGGCAAUCCUUUAAUAAUUGAAUAUGGAAAUGAUGAUUAUCUCCUUCCACUCGUUGAUAAAUCGAAAGUUUACAACUUGAUUCCGACGAUUCGUGAAAUUGAAACUUAUAAAGAGAAAAAUUUUUAUGUUUGUGGUGCCGGGGCUGGACCAUUUCCCCUUUACGAUCAAAAUUGUGAAGGAAUUUACAACAUGAAAGUGUUUAAAAACGGCACAAUUGAUAAUCAAAGCCACAUUGCAAGAACUCAAGGAAGUGGCACAGAAACUUUGAAACUUCCAAACAAUGAAACUCGUGCUGCACUUUUGGGAAAUCUUUUUCUAUCUGAAGGAAAUGAUGGCAAAGUUUUAAAAGUAAUCGCUAAAAAUCGAACUGGAGAAGAAAAUUUUAUUUCAGCAAUGAGAUUGGGAUUGUCAGAGAAAUAUUCGGAAGAUGAAGUUGUUGGACUUGGCGGAGUUUUUGUGAUGAAGAAAGGAAUUGCCAAUAUUCAUGUGAUGGAUAGGUUUUCAGAAAAUCCAAUAAAUACCGACGAAGAAUUGAACAAUUGGUUGACAUUUCAUGAAAUGCCAGCACCACUUAUAGCACUUGGCAACUUUGUAUCACAUCAAACAGACUUUAAACUUCGGUAUCAUCAUUUUCACUGUUUUUCGAAACAUAACCACGGUGGUCACUAUCAUUACGACGUUACACCAGACAUUGUUGAAUAUGAAGGUUACUUCAAUAUCGCCGAACGAAUCAUUCUUAUCGACAAAAGUUUUGCUGCUUCAUCUUCACCUCAGCUUCUUGUUAUUAUUUUAUCAGCUUUCAUUGUGAAAUUAAUAAAUUAUUUACUUUAA